AUGACGGAGAAUAGCGAAGCUGGUGAUUAUUUCCUGGCCUUGCCACCUCACACUUGGUGGCACCCUGCUUUCCCCGGCCCUCCUGGGCCAGGUGAUGAUAUACAGUUGGCUUCUCCCCUUGAUCCUUCUGAGCAACCCUUAGCUGUUUCUGCGACGUAUGGAAAUGUUGACCCCGUGGAUGCUGCUGAGCUGACUGCAGCAAGGAGCUCUGACUCUGAAGAAGCAUUUGAGACCCCGGAGUCCACUACACCGGUAAAGGCACCACCUUCGCCUCCACAGCCACCCCCUGAAGCGGCGGCAGCAGUUGUAGCAGACAUAGCAGAACAAGAAAUAAAACCCCAGCUGCCCUUGGAAGACACAGGAUUAUGUUCAGAAACUGUACCCGUAACUGAUGUGUCACACAGUGAAUCAGUUGAAGAAAGCCCUUUCCGUCCCCCUUCCCAUUCUUUUUCCACUGUCUUCGAUGAGGACAAGCCAAUAGCCAGCAGUGGAACUUACAACUUGGACUUCGAUAACAUUGAGUUGGUUGAUUCUCUCCAUGCCUUAGGGCCGAGCUCUCCAGAACCGAAGAAUCGUGAUCCCAAAGCGAAUGUACGAAGAAAAUCUACUGAUUCAGUCCCAGUUUCCAAAUCUACAUUGUCUCGAUCUCUUAGCUUGCAAGCAAGUGAUUUUGAUGGAGCAUCUUAUCUUGGUAAUAGUGAAACAUUAGCACCGGCAGCAGAUGCGUACGGUACUGGUUCCAGUAGUGCUUCUAGUACUCUUAAGAGAACAAAGAAAUCCAGACCAGCUUCCUUAAAAAAGAAGCAGUCAGCAAAAAAAUCUCUGGAUGCUCCACCAGUGAAGGAAACACCACAAGAACCGUCUGACCUUGGCCAAGCAGCUUGUGCCCCAGGUGAGGAUAAACCGGUAUCUGAAGCAAAGGCUGACUCUGUAAAGCCCGAAUGUACUGAACCUUCUAAAAUCUCUGCUGAGAAACAGGAGGCCCCGCCUGUGCCUGAAGGAUCCUACCCUUUGGAUCCAGACAGUUUUGAAGGGAUUAGUGCAUUUAGCACUGGAGGCAGCAAAGUACAAAACUCUCCCCCUGCCAAUAAGAAAACGCUACCUCUUACAACGGCACCAGAGGCUGUGGAGGUGACUCCGCCUGACACUGGAGGACAAGAAGACCCUCCGGUCAAAGGCAUUGCGGUGAGGCUGGAGUUUGAUUAUUCUGAAGAAAAAGGGGUGAGUGAAGACCAGCAGGAGGGUACUCCGCCUCCCAAAAAAGCAGGUAAAAAGCCUGGUGCUAAAAUGCCAUUACGGAGGCCAAAGACUAAAAAGUCAGUGGAAAAGCUUGACAAUGCUCCAACCACACCGACCAAGUCACCCACUGAUCCAAACGAAAUCCCUAUUACAAAAGGCUCUUACACUUUUGAUAUUGACAAGUGGGAUGAUCCCAAUUUUAACCCGUUCUCAUCUAGUACAAAAAUGCAAGAAUCGCCCAAACUGCCUCAACAAACAUACAGUUUUGAGCCAGACAUGUGCGAGGACUCUAUUGACCCUUUCAAGUCGUCUUCUAAGAUAGCCAGCUCACCCUCUAAAUCUCCAGCUUCCUUUGAGAUACCAGCCAGUGCCAAUGAAACAAACGGAACUGAAGGAGACAACUUGAAUAAACCUGCAAAAAAGAAAAAGACGCCACUAAAAACUGAUACAUUUAGGGUGAAAAAAUCACCAAAAAGAUCCCCACUAUCUGAUCCUCCUUCUCAGGAUCCCACUCCACUGCCUACUCCAGAAACACCUCCCGUCAUAUCCACAGUGGUUCAUGCGACAGAUGAGGAGAAACUGGCGUCUUCGGUGACCAGUCAGAAAUGGACCUGCAUGACUGUGGACCUGAACACGGAUAAACAGGAUUACCCGCAACCAUCUGAUCUGUCUACAUUUGUUAAUGAGACUAAAUUCAGCUCUCCUACAGAGGAAUUGGAAUAUGGCAACUCAUAUGAAAUAGAAUAUAUGGAGAAAAUAGGCUCCUCUGUGCCUCAGGAUGAUAGCACCCCGAAGAAACAAUCUUUAUACCUAAUGUUUGAUGCACAGCAUGAGAGCCCAGUCAAAUCACCUCCCAUCAGACUGUCUGAUUCCACAACACCAUGCUCAGGGUCAAGUUUUGAAGACCCUGAAGCCCAGCAGUCCUCUGGAAUGAAAAUACAACAUCCAGCUUCCCGAGUCCUAGCUGCCAGCCAAGAGGCACACUUACAGACACCUGACAAGUCAAAGCAGAAAGACCUAGAGCCCAUGACCCUAGGAACAACUCCAGAGGCUAUUGAAAUAACAUCUCCUGAAGACUCCUUUGUCUCUGCUGAUGCUCUUCUCAAUAGGAUAUCUAAGAAAACCUCAAUAUGUGAUCAGCCUGAAUAUCUAGAUCCUGACUUAGCAGAAAAGAACCCCCCAGUAUUUGCUCAAAAACUUCAGAGAGAACCUGCUAUCCCAGCAGAUGUUUCCAUCUCUAAAAGUGCACUGUACUCCCGGAUCGGCACCUCGGAUGCAGAAAGCACCACGGGUCUUCUCUACCCCCAGCAAGACUUAGAUUCUGCACUACGACUCGCCAGAGCAGAGAUUGUGGCCAAGGAAAGAGAAGUAUCUGAGUGGAAAGAGAAAUACGAAGAAAGCAGAAGGGAAGUGAUGGAAAUGAGGAAAAUAGUUUCAGAAUAUGAGAAGACGAUUGCUCAGAUGAUAG